AUGAACAAGACCGCGUCGUCCGACCCUGCGCAUGCCACCAACGAGGUCAUCGACUCCCAACGCGACAAACAAACCGCGCCUCAACUUCAGUAUGAUACCGAUCCGCCGUCAUCACCGCUCGAAUCUCUCGGAUCCGACGAUUUUGAAGGCCAACUGACCCCCAACGGCAACGACUUCAUCGGCCUGCCCCUCCGCUCGCCGGCACCAUCGUCGCCAUCAACUCCAUCACCCUCCCCUCCUCCUCCCGCACCCUCUUCCGAUAAUGAUGACGAACGCCCUUCGAAAAGACGUCGCGUAUCUACGCCAUCUGCGCCUGGAUCCGCCCAGAAAAAGAAGCAAAUCUCCCCGCCAUGGAAAAAGAUCACCGCGGAGGGCCCAACCUCCUUCAUCGACAACGGCAGACGCAAGUCUGGUCGAAUCAACACGAUCCCCCUCGAGUUCCAUCCGCCAUCGGGCAAGCGAAUGACGAGAGGAGCUCUUAACAGCAGUCCGCCCUCCAAGAACAAAUAUGCUUCAACCAACGGACACGCAGCGACGCCGACGCCCAACGCCAACGGGACGUCCAAGUCCAAGACUCCCUCGCGGAAACCAUCGACAGCGAAGCCCGCAGCGCCUCUCGCAAAGACCUCCAACCGAAAGUCGACUGCGAACGAGACCAAGCCUACCUCUCGAUCCACGCGGAAGCGAAGUCCUUCUCCAUCUACUCAACCAACAAGACAAUCGACACGGACGAGGAGGGGCCGCCGCAGUUCCAUCGACGACAAUGCGGCAACAGCUUCAGCGAGCAGCCCAAAUCGUACGUGGAUUAAGCUGCGCGUGCGCGCGACCGAGUUACCUGUCGUACACCCAGGACAAGUAAGCAAGAGGCUAAGAAUCGGGCCCAACUUUGAAGAAUAUUGGGAGAAGGCGCAGACGAUACCCGUUGAGGAGGGUGGUAUUUUCGUUCCAGAGGACGGACCUAGCUACACUAAUGAAAUGGCCCAGAAGGAAGCUCAGAUCGUCCUACGCAUUGAAGAGGCUGUCGAGCCCGGCGGUAUCCUUUCACAAGGGCGCUGCUCCCUGUUUGUACCCGAGGCGGAAGAGGAGCCACCACGCCAAUGGGCUCAUGCAGACCAUAUGGCCAAGGCUGUCACCAACUUCCGCAAGCUGAUGAUUGCAGAGCAGCAAAGACAUCGAGCGCAAGCCAAGAAAAUUGCCGAAGCUUGUAAGGAUGCUUGGCUCCGGCGCCAACCAAAGUCAGCAGAAGAACUUGAAGUCGAGGCGCGGUAUUUGUGGAUUGGGCGAUACCGAGUGGUUGUCAAAAGCCUGUUUGGUACUUGGGAAAACGUUCGGUACGAGAUCAAUCGGCAAAGGAUCCAAGAAUGGGAAGCUGAGGAACAGCGUCGAGUCAAAGCUGCGCUUCAGGAGGCAGUCAAUUUGUCAGAGCAAAAGCUGCAAGCAAGAAGAACACAGGCGGACUCGGACUUGUCCGAUGAGGACGAUCUCGAAGACGAAGACAAUGACAAUGACAUUGACGACCUUGAUAGCGACCUGGAGAACAGCCAGGCAUUGUCGGUAGACGCGGACGACGAUGACUCCGGCAAUGACGACGACGACGUCAUGUCAUCUUCAGAGGAAGAGGAAGCGGGCGAGGAUCACACUGCCGACGCUGGAGACGAGAAGCUCACUAUGGAACAGCUUCGAGCCAAAUACGCAAACCUGCCCGAACUACCUCCCGACGAGCAAGCUGAAAACAACCUCAUCAAUGGCGUGGAGUCCGAGGCAGACUCAAAACUUCUCACACCAAACCCAGAAGAAGACACCAGCGAUGAGUCCGUCGACAUGGACGAUGACAUGGGAUCCACUGACAUGGAUGACAGCGAUGAUAGCUCUCCUGCGGAUGAAGAGUCGGAAGAGGAAGACGGCGACGAGGAACCCUCUGGAUUGUUGGGGAUGCUCUUUGGGAAAUCCGAGCUGAAGCAAAUCAAGGAUGAGGCGCCACCCGGCGAUACGGUUUCGAGUGAAAGCACCGCAGUUUCGACGACCAAUGCCCCAUCUCCGCAAGCUGAGGCGUCAUCAAAUUUCAGAGAAGAGAUGGCGGAAGAUGAAGAUGACGAUGAAGUGUCUCUGAUCCAGCAUCCUGGGGUUUUCUUGGACGACGAUGAGAUGGAGGUUGACACAGAAGUACAAACAACUGGGCCACAAGUCACUAAACAAAGUGUUGGUGACCAGGAUGAUGGUAUCGAAAUCACAGAGUCCACAGAUCAGCCCGUUGUCCCCUCACAGUCGUCCAAAUCAGAUCAGGCCUUGGUCAAUGGCGUGGACAGUCGAUCUACAGCAGAGAGUGUGGAGGCUCCUAGCAACACCAACAGGACACUUGAGACGUUGAAUUCUCCUGACAUUGAGAUGUCGGAUGCACUAUCAAAAUCAACAGACGCACCAGGACCAGCCACAACUUCUAUUACCGCCCCCACUCCAACAAAUCAUGUCACCCCUGAUACCGACAUCAUUACUGUUCCCCCCAGUCCAGAACAAAGCCACUCGCCCCCUACAUCCGACACAAAGCCUUCAGAUGUUGAUACAAUGUCUUUGGCGACCCCAGGAGCAAAGGAUGUCGUCAGUAGGUCAGCCUCACCAAACCCACAUCCUCAACAGACCGAGAUCCCGUUUUUGCUUCGUGGCACUCUGCGUGAAUAUCAGCACCACGGGUUGGACUGGCUUGCAGGACUGUAUGCGAACAACACCAACGGCAUUCUCGCCGAUGAGAUGGGUCUUGGCAAAACCAUCCAGACCAUUUCCUUACUUGCUCACCUCGCCUGUCACCAUGAAGUUUGGGGCCCACAUCUGGUUAUCGUACCAACAAGUGUUAUGCUCAACUGGGAAAUGGAGUUCAAGAAAUGGUGCCCUGGCUUCAAGAUUCUCUCCUACUACGGCACACAAGAGGAGAGAAAACGCAAGCGACAGGGAUGGAACAACGACGACGUAUGGAACGUCUGCAUCACGUCUUAUCAGCUUGUCAUCCAGGACCAGCAGGUUUUCAAGCGCCGGAGAUGGCACUACAUGAUCCUCGACGAAGCUCAUAACAUUAAGAACUUCAAAUCCCAGCGGUGGCAGACGCUGCUCGGUUUCAAUACUCGGGCAAGGCUUCUACUCACAGGCACCCCACUUCAGAACAAUCUUACCGAGCUGUGGUCGCUGCUUUUCUUCCUGAUGCCAGCCGAAAAUGGCGUGGGGGGAUUCGCAGACUUACAAGAGUUCCACGAUUGGUUUCACAAGCCAGAGUCUCAAAUUCUGGAAAACGGCCGUGAGACGAUGGACGAGGAGGCGCGAGCGAUUAUUUCCAAGCUGCACAAGGUUUUGCGGCCGUACCUACUGAGAAGACUCAAGGCAGACGUCGAAAAACAAAUGCCAGCCAAGUACGAGCACGUCGAGUUUUGUCGCCUUUCAAAACGCCAGCGCGAAUUGUAUGAUGGCUUCUUGGCUCGUACUGACACUCGGGAGACGCUGUCUUCUGGCAACUACCUUUCCAUCAUCAACUGCCUGAUGCAGCUGCGGAAAGUGUGCAACCAUCCUGACCUGUUUGUGGACCGCCCCAUCAUGACGUCCUUCAGGAUGCAGAAAUCCGUCCCCGCUGAAUUUCAAGUUACCGAUCAAUUCCUACACCGAUCUUUGCUUGCAGUAGAGCCAAUGUCUAUUGUCAGCCUGGGGGUUCUCAACAUGAUGCCUACACAACACGAGAAUAUGUCCAACACCACUGCGGAGCGUAUUUCGCAGCUCAGCCUUCAUAGAGUAUUGAUGGAACUCAGAGAGGCACAAAACACCAGAGCUCAUCUCGCUCGCACAAAUCUCGACCCCUCAACAGUCGAGUCGAAUGUUAUGUAUCUGGACAGCCUGGCUCGAUGGCGCCGUUUCGAGGAAUUGCAGCACAGCGUCUACCUGAAUGCUCUCCGCGGCCAACGCCGACCCAUCUAUGGCAAGCGUCUCAUUGAUUUUUUGACACUUGGACUAGACGGGAGACCACGAAAACCCAAGCCAAGAGUGCCUUCUCAGAUCUUGAAUUGGUUUGCGGAAGAUUCCGACUUCCUCCAUGCCGUCAUCCAUACAGCGGAUGACCGAGCUGAUUCCAUGCAGACAAUCAUCCAGAAGUUUACAUGUGUUACACCCGCCGUCAUUACUCGCGACAUGAACGAGGUGAUAUUGGGAAGAAAGGCAGCACAGGCCUUCACGGACGAGGACCUCAAACUCUCAGCUCCCGUCCGGUGGGCUCCCUUCAUGCCCAAGCAAGCGCCCAUCGAUCCGUGGCACGAAUCUCGUAUGCGUCACAGUAUCCAGUUUCCGGACAAGCGACUGCUGCAAUACGACUGUGGAAAGCUCCAAGCCUUGGACAAGCUUCUCCGCAAGCUCCAAGCCGGUGGCCAUCGUGCCCUGAUCUUUACACAGAUGACCAAGGUACUGGAUAUUCUCGAGCAGUUCCUCAAUAUUCACGGUCACAAGUACCUUCGGCUUGACGGAGCGACAAAGAUCGAGCAGCGACAGAUUCUGACGGACCGGUUCAACCAUGACCCACGUAUCUUAUGCUUUAUUUUAUCCACACGUUCCGGUGGGUUGGGCAUCAACCUGACUGGUGCCGAUACCGUCAUCUUCUAUGAUCAAGACUGGAACCCAGCCAUGGACAAGCAAUGCCAGGAUCGAUGCCAUCGUAUCGGCCAGACACGGGACGUACACAUCUACCGUCUCGUCAGCGAGCACACGAUUGAAGCCAAUAUUCUUCGCAAAGCGUCACAAAAGCAGAUGCUGGAUGACGUGGUCAUCCAGGAGGGUAGCUUCACCACAGACUACUUCAACAAGCUUUCUGUGCGCGAUGUCCUCGGCACUGAGGGGACUGACCUGGUCGAUGAUGCCGCCAACGCCGCCAUGGAUCGUCUCCUGGGCGGGGGCGACAGCGGACCGUCGAGAACUGUGGCCGAGGACCUUAAGCAGGCCGAAGACCAGGAAGACGUGGAGGCCGCCAAGGCGGCCGAGAAGGAAAUCCAAGACGACGAUGCCGAGUUCAACGAAAAGAGCGGUGCGCCUUCGGGCGCCUCUAGCACCCGCCAAGGCACGCCGCGGGAGGACGUCGCCGGCCAGCCAGGUGGCGGCCCCGGACCCUCGCGCCUUGGCCGAUUCUCGGAAUCUGUCGCCCCAGACGAAGCGGCAGUGACUGAGCACAACGCGUGGGGCGAGCGGAUAUAUAAUGUGGAUGAUUACAUGCUCCGGACAAUGGCGGAGCAGCUCAAGGGCACGAUGCUAGACUUGCCCAAGGAUAAGAAGAAGAGUAAAAAGAAGGGUCGCGACACACGGAAGCGGUAG